GGUAAUCAAACUGGAGGACACCCGGGAGGAACUAUCGCUCGGAAAUGUAACCACCGCCCCACCGCUAGGCUAGAAUGAGGAGCCCCGCCGUUAUUUGCCAAGUUCUAUUCCAAACCGUUGCCCAAACCUUUUCUGUUGGGUGCAGACAGUUUGUGGCCAGGAAGGACUGAUGCUAGCUUGCCGAGGAGCCUCGAGGGGCCCGGGCACCAUGGCCAGCAGCCCUUUGCCAGGCCCCACCGACCUGCUCCUGGCCGCCCCGUCCAACGCCUUCUCCGCCGCGGACUCGCUGAGCCAAGCGCAGCCCCCGCCGCCGCCGCCCCCGCGGGGCUCCACCCACUCGAGCGCCAUGAAGCCCAACCAGGUGGGUCAGGUGAUCCUCUACGGCAUCCCCAUCGUGUCGCUGGUGAUCGACGGGCAGGAGCGGCUGUGCCUGGCGCAGAUCUCCAACACGCUGCUGAAGAACUUCAGCUACAACGAGAUCCACAACCGUCGGGUGGCGCUGGGCAUCACCUGCGUGCAGUGCACCCCGGUGCAGCUGGAGAUCCUGCGGCGGGCCGGGGCCAUGCCCAUCUCGUCGCGGCGCUGCGGCAUGAUCACCAAGCGCGAAGCCGAGCGCCUCUGCAAGUCCUUCCUGGGCGAGAACCGGCCGCCCAAGCUGCCGGACAACUUCGCCUUCGACGUGUCGCACGAGUGCGCCUGGGGCUGCCGCGGCAGCUUCAUCCCGGCGCGCUACAACAGCUCGCGGGCCAAGUGCAUCAAGUGCAGCUACUGCAGCAUGUACUUCUCGCCCAACAAGUUCAUCUUCCACUCGCACCGCACGCCCGACGCCAAGUACACGCAGCCCGACGCCGCCAACUUCAACUCCUGGCGGCGCCACCUCAAGCUCACCGACAAGACCCCGCAGGACGAGCUGGUCUUCGCCUGGGAGGACGUCAAGGCCAUGUUCAACGGCGGCAGCCGCAAGCGGGCCCUCCCGCAGGCCUCGCAGGCCCACCACCAGCCCGGCGGCGGCGGCCCGGCGGGCCACUGCCACCCGCUGGGCUCCGUCAAGGCGGCCGUGGUGGGCGUCGGGGGAGGCCUGCUGAGCCCCCACCUCCUGGCAGCGCCGCCGCCUCCGCCUCCGCCGGAUCUCCACCAGAAGCGAGGCCGCUUCGACGACGACGACGACCUGCAAGAAGCCGUGGCUGCCGCGGCGGCGGCAGCAGCGGCGGCGGCCCACGGAGGCAGCGGCAAGACGCCGCGGAGCUACCCGGUCAUCCCGGUGCCCAGCAAGGGGUCCUCCUUCGGGGGCGUCUUGCAGAAGUUUCCCGGCUGCGGGGGGCUCUUCCCGCACCCCUACGGCUUCCCCGCGGCGGCCUUCAGCCUCUGCCACAAGAAGGAGGACUCCGACGGCUUGGGCGUGGCGGGGCAAGGGGGGCCCGCGGGACACAAAGCGGCCGGGGGCGCCCCGACGGCAGGAGCCGGACUCUCGGGGCUUUUCUGGCCCGGCACCAGGAAGGACGCUGCCGCGGCCGCCGCGGCUUUCUACCCGCCUUUCUGCAUGUUCUGGCCGCCUCGCGCCCCGGGGGGGCUCCCGGGCCUGCCCACCUACCUGCAGCCUCCCCCGCAGCCCCCCAGCUGCUCGGCCUUGGGAGGGGAGAGCCCCAGUUUGCUGCGCCAAGCCUUCCUGGACCUGGCGGACCCCAGCAGCGAGGCGGGAGCGGCUGGGCUGGGCACGCCUCCCGCGGCCGCCGCCCCCCAGGCUAGCAGCGGCACUGGCAGCACCAGGGAGCACCCGCGGGGCUUCGAGGGCGGCGGCGAGGCGGCCUGUUCUCCCGGGGCAGAGGGAGGAGGGCCCCGCGGCGCCGCGGCUCACCAGCCCCACCCGCUGGAAGGGCAGCCCCGGGGCAAAGGGGCCUCCUCCUACCACCACUCCAGCGCCUUCCGUCCAGUGGGGGGCAAAGAGGACUCUGAGAGCCUGGCCAAGCUCCACCACCACCACCAGCCCCGCUCCUCGGCCUCUCCCCCGCCUCUCCUGCUCUUGCCCCCCGAGCCGGAGCAAGGGGGCUGCGAUCGUCCCCACCAGCCCUCGGGGCACCGCCUCCUCUCCCCGGGGGGCACCAGCUGCAGCUACCCCAGCGAGGACAGCAGUGAGGAGGAGGAGGAGGAGGAGGAGGAGGAAGAAGAAGAGCCGGAGGUGGACGUUGAGAGUCAUAAACAGCCCGACGAGGAGGAAGAAGAGGAGGAGGAGGAAGAAGAGGAGGAGGAGGGCGAGCAGGGCGGGGUGGAUCCCGUCGGGGUGGCCAGCCGCUACCUCCAGAGCCGGGGACUGACGGACAAGGGAGCAGUCCGGGAAAGAUCGAACGCUCCGGCCGCUGCCCCGUCGGGGCCUUUCCCUCUGGCCUCCUGCAGGCCGACCCAAGAGGAGGAGAAACCCGGUUGCCCCCAUUCGGAGCAGCUGCUGGCUCUUCCUCCUCCUCCUCCUCCUGCUCUGCCCACCUGCCCCCCAAAAGCGGGGAGCAGCGGCGGGAGCAGCCCAGCGCACCAUCCAUCAGCCGAGGAGCAGCCGCCGCCCCCUUACAAAGAUAUUCAGAAAAGCAAGGAAGGAAAUCAAGUUGUCGUCGUAUCCGCCAAGGAAGACAACUUCUCAGAUAAGAGCAAGGAGCACACUUUUUUCAUCACAGACUCUGAACAUGCAGGAGGAGACUUUUGGAGGAAUAUAGCAGGCGAACCCAUACAGGAAACCAAUUCACCUCAUUCGCUGAAAAAGGAUGUAGAGAACAUGGGGAAAGAAGAACUUCAGAAGGUCUUGUUCGAACAGAUUGACUUGCGGAGGAGGCUAGAGCAGGAGUUCCAGGUCCUCAAAGGCACAGCUUCUUUUCCAGUCUUCAAUAAUUUUCAAGAUCAGAUGAAGCGGGAGUUGGCCUACAGAGAAGAAAUGGUGCAACAGUUACAAAUCAUCCCCUAUGCAGCAAGCUUCAUCAGGAAAGAAAAACUCAGCACACAUCUCAGCAAAAGCUAAAAGCAGGAGCACUGUAUCCUCUUGUAAGAUACCAUCCAUCACUCUGAAUUCAGACUUAUCUAAAAACUGAAGAAUGGAAGGGCUUUGGGUAGUUUAAAAAGAAAGAAAGAAAAUUUAAAAAGCAGGUUCCAUUGAACCCAAGGACAAGUGACCUCAAAGCUUCAUAGACAACCAUGUAAAUUAGAAUGUAGCAGCCAUUGAUUAAUUUUAAAAAGGGUAAGGGGAAGAAUUGGAAUAAUUCAAGGAUGCCUGUCUUGGAUCUUUUGAGUGGUACCAAAGUUUGGUUUGGCGUUUUUAGCAGGACUCCUGAACUUGAUAGAAACUGUGACAAGGCUUUGAUCCAGUCGUGUGGAUACACCCAAGCAAAGAACCUCCUGGUGCUUCGCACGCCAUGAAAGUGUCCAAGGAUUCAGCUGUGUUUUGCUUUUGAAGAAUGAUUCUUCUGUGGAAAGGAGUGCAAUUCAGGCUAGCAUUGCAUUGCAGCGUAUUGACGGAAGAGCAUUAGCCAUAUACAGUGCUUUCUAAAAGCAGACUGGAACAUUCGAGGAUCCCCACCUCCCCACCCACUCCCUGCUUCCCACAAUCUUUCCAGUUCUCUUCUGGUAUUUUGCCUGCUGUAUGAAUGAAGAUUGUACUCUUCUGGAAAUAUUUUACAAUUUAUUAUUGAGUGUAAUUAAAAAUAUAACCACUGAGAUUAAAAAAAGGUAUUUAA